CCUACACUGCAUGCCAUUCAUUACCUGCAUUUCUAUUUUUCAAAUGUGACCUAUACAUACACUAUUAGUCAACUGUGUCUGUGCAUACCCCAUUAUAAAUUAUGUUCUUGCUUUUCAUUUCAUUGAGUUAGCAGUGAAUUGAAUCAAGGGUACAAAUAAGAGUGCCAUAGGAAAAUGGAAGUUACAUUAACUCCAUCAAAUGAAGCAGAGAAUGAGGUUGAAGAAGUGGGCUUGCAAAGAAGGAGGCAUCUCCAGCUCAGUAGCACUAACGCCAGUGCUAGCAAUUCAAAUGAGGACAUUCAAGUUAAAGGUGGAGGUAUAGAGUUCGAUGAAUCCGAGACCAAAGAGAAAUUUGACAUUAUCAGAACAGAGGUGUAUACUGAAACGAUCCUAAAACAUGAGGAAACAGAGAAUAUCACAAUUUUACCAGCUUCUGAUGAUCUUCCUCUUCCUCAGUAUUCUACUUCGAAAAAUGUGACGUCUGAAAUUGUAACAGUUGGCACAAUGAAAGAAAAUAAGGAAAGGCAAGAAUUAUAUUUGGAAAGGGUAUUUGAGAUACCUCCAACACAUGGAUUCUACUGUCCCAAUUGCAAAUCUUGUAUCCAAAAGGUCUACAUUCAAAAGGGUGAAUGGGAACAAAUUAAUGCUCCAAUUCAACCCCUGCAACCAAUUGAGCAAAUAAGAUGCUCAUCUUGCUUCACUUUCCUCAUUCCAAUAGGUAGCUGGUUUUUCUCAGGGUUGGCAUCUGAUGAAAGUGACGCAUCUAAAGAUCAAGGUACCUCAAAAUCAGCCAUUAAAAUUGCAGAUGACAAAGGGAAACAAAGUCUUCAGGCCACUGAAAAAGAGGCCCUACCAGGCCUAGAACCACAAAAUGUAGCCACCGAAGUGGAAGAUAAAACUGACUCUUCAGAAAAGAGUGAUUGGAGAGUUAUCACUAUACCCAAGCAACCUGAUAUUCAAAUUCUUGAUGAGAAACAAGAUGAGCAUGUUGAGGUUAAAAUCGAUGAAGUUGACACAGGAGCAGGAGCAGGAGCAGCAGCAGAAGUUGUUACUACUGAAAGCACAGCACUUAUUACGACAACUGUAACAGCAAGUAGUAAGACAUUGGAGAUUCUUAAAAGCAUUGUGUACGGUGGUUUGCUUGAAUCGUUGGCAAGUCUUAGUGUUGUGACAUCUGCAGCGAGUGCUGACGCUACCACAUUGAACAUUGUGGCACUGGCUAUUGCAAACCUGAUUGGUGGACUUUUCGUACUUGCUCAUAAUCUUAAUGAAAUGAUAUCUGAAGAACCUAAAAGAGCUGAGAAUGACACAGAUGCAGCAGUGGAUCAAUACAAUGAGUUACUGGGCCCGAGGAAGAAUUUCACCCUUCAUGCAUUUAUUGCAAUAUUUUCAUUCAUUAUUUUUGGAUUAGUGGCUCCAGUGGUAUAUGGAUUUUCGUUUGAUGAGAGAGAUGAGAACUGAGAAGGAUUUGAGGCUAGCUGCUGCUGCUGGAGCUUCUCUGAUUUGCAUAACUUUGCUUUCCAUUGCCAAAGCAUAUAUUAAGAGACCAAAAACCUAUCUCACAUACUUCAAAACAGUACUUUAUUAUGUCAGCACUGCUGCUGUGGCCUCAGUGCUUGCUUACAUAGUUGGUGACCUUGUCAAGAAACUCAUACAAAAGUUUGGAUGGUUUGAAUCAACGUCAAAUUUUGCCAUGCAGACGUCCAAGUUUAAUGUGCAACAACCUGGAUGGGAAUCAUACUAACAAGUUUAAUGGAAACUGUUGUGUGUGACAAAUAUAUCGCUUGCCACAGUAGGAAAGUUUAUGCAUAUGGUAUGUCUAUGUCUAAUAUUUUAACAGUCAGAAACACAUUUUUUAUUA